CCUCUGAGCCUUUCAGACAGUCAGAUGGAGUGUGAUACUGCUCUCUGUGAACUUUAACUACACAUCAGUUCCAGGUGACCACCAAGACAAUCACUGGAGUGGGCCAGCUACAGAGGACUUAUUUAUCAUAUAGUGAUCCCAAAGGAGGAUACAUCCCUGAAUAAAAUGUCGACUUUCACCAUAGGAAAAUCAUCCCCUAAUCAAAGUGAUACAAAGAGUCCCACUCUUACAGGGAAAAACAGACAACAGGUUGUUCAUGAUGACAACAGCAAGCGAAGGACCCUGUUGCAGGAUAGCAGCUGGAUAAAGAAAAGACCUGAGGAGGAGAGUACUAAUGAAAACUAUGGCAGAGUUGUGCUUAACCAAUACAAAUCUCAAGAUAGCUUAAACAGUAACUUGAAUGAAAAGGAAGAUCAGAAAGUUUUCCUUGGCCGAUACAGAUCUGAUACUAUUUUAAACAGAAUUUCAGACACAAGAGAUGCUGAUAAAGCAAAUAAUUCCCCACGCUCAGAAAAUAGGACAACUGACAGACAGUCCUGGACUCCUUCUAAUACAUCAGCCACCACCUCUACAUCUCCUGUGAAGCACAAAAGGCAGUCUUGGAUGCCACCACCAGUCUCCGGUUAUAAGAACACCACAGUUACUGUGGAAAACAAAGGGCAGUCCAGAACCCUACCAGAUUCAACAACCACAACCAUAGUUGAUACUAAACGAAUUGCUUCUUCAGAAAAUUCAGAAGGGCCAAAGAUGACUAUCUAUUCAUCAGAACAAACUACACCUGAGAGAUCAAAAACUGCUGUAGACAAUCAAACCAGAACAAGGCAGGUAUCUCCAACAAAACCUGGCAUAUUUGCUGCUGAAAGAAGAAUCACAACAGAAAGAACAACAAGGAGCCAAGAUCUUGAUAAUCUAAAAAAAAAUCCCACAACUCACACAGAUGACAAGGGAGGCCAAGAUCUUGAUGAUCGCAUUGAAGUAAAGGCUCCUGUGGAGCAAAAUAAAAAUCGGACAACUGAGCAACCCUCUGAUUCUGCUAAUGCUCCAAAUAACCGAUCUGACACAAACUACUUUUAUGACAACAGAGGAUCCAGAAAUAAUACUUCAACCAGUUACUCAAGUCCAAAGAAUAAAGUUGUGUACACAAGGACAUACGAGGAGACUACGUACGGGAAAGAUUCGGAGAGCAGAUUGGAGAGAAACAAUUGGAACAGCAAAGAGAAGUUCAGAGAGGCCAGCAAAUCACCCAAUGAUGCAUAUGAAGAAAAUGUCACUGGAAAGUCUAUCAAAACUGUUUACUCUACUUCUGAUCGGAGUAUAAUUGAAAAAGAUAUGUGUACAUACUGCCGGAAGCCAUUGGGCAUAGAUUCCAAAAUGAUCUUAGAUGCCUUACAGAUUUGCUGUCACUCAACUUGCUUCAAGUGUGAAGUGUGCAAAAGACCUCUGGAAGAUCUGAAAGCAGGAGACAGCAUUUGGAUUUACAGAAAUACUGUACAUUGUGAACCCUGCUAUUUCAAAAUUAAAGAAAAAUGGAUCUACUAGUUUUGGCUUCCAGAAACUAGGAUAAAGAUACACCAGUAUUUAGUUAAAUACAUCUUCCUAAUAAUUAAACCUAUGUAAAAUGUUUAAUUUUUUUUGUUAAGACUGACAUAUUCUAAAUAUAAUAUUACUAAAUAGUCACUAUAGAAACAUAGUCUAUGAGACUUAAAAUGACUAUAAAUACUUCCAGAAAGCAACAGAAUGUAUGGUUCAGUAUGUCCAUCAGAUGAAUGAAAGUUAUUUCUACAUGUGAUUUAGCAAAAGUAGAAAUGUAUCAUAUGGAAGGACAUAUCUCUGCCUGUGAGUUUUGAAGGACCUGUUUUCUGUUUAUCCAAAAUAUGCCUGGUAACAAAUAAAGAAUUGUUAUCUUUAUAUGCUAUGUUUUUAACAUUGAUACAUUUGUAAUCAAUGUGUUUUUGAAAACCAGUGGUCUUAUGGUUAUCCAGUACAGUUAUAAAAUGUAUACUCUACAUGACAUUACUUUCUUAUAUACAGUAUACACUUUUGCAAGGUGGUGGAUGCAAACACCUUGUGACUGCUAAUUAUAAAGAACAUAAAAAGCACUUUUCUUGGCAUAGAAAAUAUAUUAAAGAAAUGAAAAGAACUGUUCAUUAUUUGUCACAAUACAUCUGUUCACAAAGAGUCAGCAAUAUUCUGCAUUAUUCACUGAGAGUCAUAAAGUAGUUCAGUGAUUUAUUGAGCUACAGUGAUAGGUUUUGGCUCCUGCAUUCUGUCUUGGGAUCUUUGCUUGAUCUUUUACAUCAUUAACAUUAUUUGACAUUAUUAACAUUAAUUUUUUCUCCUUUGUAUCUCAGCAAAAAAUCAUUGAUCAAGUGUGACUAUGAAAGAAUACUUUUUUUUCAAAGGGGUAAAAAAAAAAUAAAAAUGCAUGUGGAAAUCAACUGAUUCCCAGACAAAAACCUACUGGUGAAAGGAGCGUUUAGUUGAAAGAACUACCUGGGUAUUUCUUAUUCCUUCUCUGCUGUUACUUAGAAGACAACUGGGUAAUGCAGAUCAAAACAAUUUAUUUGAGGAAAAGUUAAACUUAAUGGGCUAGAUCUUGCAAUGUGGUCAAGCAGCAUGGAGUGCACGUCAUGUAUAGUCUGUGCAAGGGUGUGGCUUAAAGUUCACCUUUGCAGUCCUAUUAUUUUGCUACUAUUCUGUGCAGUUCAGUCCCCCUGCAGUGUGAGGGCUGCUGCAAUUUAAGCAGAGUUGCAAUGGUCACAAGGGGCUAAAAACAGGUGAAGAUUAGCAUAGUGCAGGGUGUCCUGUCCAUACUUCCUUCGUCCAGACAUGUCCGCCCCUGUCUUUCCUGUCAAAUCUGUAGCAGUAGGGGUAAUAGGCAUGAAAGUCCCUCAGCUGUACCCUCUUUCAGGGCCUAGUUAAGAUGGCUUCACAGGCAGAUUGUGUAGGGCAAGGCAGCGCUUACAUAAAAGAUUAUUUGGCCUACUGGUUUUUAUGAAACCUUCUUGUGAAUUAAUUAAAGCAACUUUAAUAAACAUGUUACUGUAAAUAUGAAUCCUGGUUUGAGCCAACUGCUGACAAAUACUUUCCAGUUAAAGAGUGCUGGGACUUCUCUGCUUCAUAAGGGAACAAUGUCCACAAUGACGUGGAGAGAGUUGGUCCAAAAUAUUACUAGAGGAUACAUAUUCAGUAUGUGGAAGCCUGGUGGAAGCCUGCACCGGGACCAACUGAGAUUGGCUGUGUGUGGUUACAGAAGAAGUUAUGAAUUAGAAACAUAGCACUGGGAUCUAGAGGCCAGUGUUGUCCACAUCUGAUAUUUUGUUUCAGUCCAUUGCAAAGGUUAGGGGCCAGUAGAAAAUCUAAACAAAUGUGGGGGCAUUUAGAUCUGGGGAUUUGAUUCAGGCCCGUCCAUAAUAAAAAUGUUUAGUGGCUGGGAAGCAGCAAUAUAAAAAUAAUAAUACAUAAUUCUGUGCUCAUGAAUUCAUACUUGAUAAGCAGCCAUGGUAAUUGUGCCAUAUGUUUUAUUGUUGUUUUUAUUAUAUGUAUAUAUGUGCUGAAAAGUAAUAACAGUUUUUUGGCGCUUGAAGUUUAGCACAUAAAAGGACUGGAGAGUAGUAUCUAUUUAAAAAUAUCAUAUUAACAUCUCAAUGCUCAUGUAGCAAAACUAAAUCGCUUUUGCAUCCUUUUUGCAUAUCAUUAGCGUAUAAUGUUUAAUUUUUCUUUGACUGGUGCUUCAUGGAAACAUCCAAAGGAACAGUUUUGCAGGCAGCUGUUUUAAUGAAUCCUUUAUCUUCAAUAAUGCCUUAAAUUAUACUGAAAAGCUGCAUUGAGGGAUGCUAUAGUAAAUUAUGUGGGUUUUUGUGAUUCAUCAAGACCAUUUUCUCGACAUGUAAUGGAUACUUCAUUUUACAAAGCAGGGGCACAGCUCAAAGAAGGGGAGGAAUCAAGCAAUAAGGAAAAAAUAAUACAAGCAUGGAGAAAGAAAUAAUCUUUAUAGAAUGGGAAAGUAGAUAUUAAUAUGUUUCAAAGAUGUAGUUUACUUGAGGAUUACUCACUUAUUGAAUAACACAGGUGUGACAAUUAGGGUCCAGAUACCCUAAAUGGAGAAAAGGGUGUCUGAAACCCCAAAGAACAAGCAACUGAAUCAACAGCUUGUAUAUAAUGUUAUGUAUAAAUAUGUCUCGUAAAAUCUCUGCUGAAAGCUUGUAAUGUUCUGAACUUAAGAGUCAUUAGGAGAUAUGUAUGCAGGUUAUGUUUAUGAAUGUAUGCAUGUAUAUGCGUGUAGAAAAUGGCAAUUGUAAUUGGGGGACCUUCCAGGCUAGUUGUUUACACAAAACUCCCAGCACCUAGCAUUUUACAACCCAGAAAAAAUCAAUGAUGGACCAUUAAUGUUAAUGGAAAGACAUUGACACUGAAAAGGAAACACCAUUCUUAGGCCUUGUCUACACUACACAGUUAAGUUGACGUAACAGACGUACAGCCAUCGCACUAAUUACUUUGGUUUUUCAUGUCCAUGCUACAGUUCCCCUGCCAGUGGUGCUAAUCCUCACCACAAGCGCUUGCACCGACUUAAGUGUGGCAGUGUGAGGCGCUGACAGCCCAGUUCUGUAGACUUUGCAUGAAUCCUUCAGCUGGGAGUUCCACUGUUGGAUGCUGAUAGCCCGGGCUGUCGGCUCUGUGCAGAGCCCCACUGCCUGAUGCUGACAGCUUGGGCUGUUGGCUCUGUGCGGAGCCCCGCUGACCAGUGCUGACAGCCUGCAUGGCACUGACGGGCAAUGUAAAUAAUGCAGGGUCUACACAGACACUGCACUGUCCUAACUACAUCAACCUAAGCACUACUCCUCUUGUGGAGGUAGAGUUAUUAGGUCAGUGUAGUGGAGGACUUAUAGUGGCUGCAUUGUGCUGUAGUGUAGACACAGGGCUAAGUCGACAUAAGGUUGAAUUUGUAGUCUAGACCUGGCCUUAGAAGACUAAGGAGGAGGAAGUUUCCCCUGCUCUGCGUUACAAUUGUCUGAAAGAAAGAGGGAAAAAAACCUGCAAACCCUGUUACAAAGGAAGGGAGGAUUUUGAAGUGACGUCUAUCGAAACAGAGGGCCAACAUCUAAGUGGGAUGCUGUCUGUGAAACACUGGAUCCCCUUUCAGACAGAGGGCAUGCUGGGAAACUGUUCAGAGGCAGUGGUUAAUUUGUAUUAGAAAAGGGAAUUUAGCUAAUAUAGACCUACAGUGCCUGAUGAUGCGUCUUUAUGGUUAUUUUCUGAGUAACUUGUAUGUUUUCGCUUUUCCUUACUAUUUCCAUCUUUGAAUCUGUGAUUUUUCCAUUAAAUAAACUUUUUGUUUAUUUUUACCCCAA